AUGAAGAUUCUUUCAGACGAAGAGAAAAAUGCACACUGGAAUGCUGUGCUUUAUGAAGGAGCAAAGGGUUUUGGGAUCGGAUUAGUAGGUUCCUUUCUAUUAGUACAAGGUGUAAAGAGGAGAUAUCCUUUGAGAUUCAGUCAGUUUAAUCCAUCUAUUAAAACGGCCAUGUGGAUAAUGCCGACUAUUUCACUAGCAGCAUUUUUCGCUGAUCAAGGGUCUGUGAAGUUUGAUGAAACUAGAUACCGCAGCGACUACAUCCAACAGGUUCAAGAUGAACAAAUCAAAAAAUGGGAUAAUUUAUCACUUUCUGAAAAGCUUUUACUGAAGCUUGAUGAGAAUAAGUAUAAGAUAAUUAUAACUACAUGGGCAGCGUCUUUGUAUGGGUCAUGGCAUAUUAUAAACAGGGAUAAAUAUAUGACGACAGCACAAAAGGCAGUGCAAGCUAGAGUGAUCGCUCAGGCUAUCACCGUUGUGUUGCUAUUGGGUACGAUUCUAUUAUCAGUUCAUGAGUCUGAAAUGAAGAAACUAGAGCCAGCCGAAGUGCCUGAAUGGAAAAAAUUUUUAGAAGAAGAGCAACAACGUAAAAAGCACGCGGAGAAACAGCAAUAA